AUGUUCAAAGCAACUAGGCAGAUCGACCUCCCAACCAAGGACAUCCUGUCCUACAUAUUUGACGAACUCGACUACGACCAGGACAAACCAAUUUAUGUGGAUGCAAAUGACAGCACCCGUACAAUAUCAUGCCAUCAGGCCCGAGUCAUCAUCCGCCAGCUUAUUGCCGGUCUUCGAGCAGCGGGCGUAAAGCCCGGGGACUGCAUUGCUAUCCACUCAUAUAAUGAUAUUUCGUAUUCCAUGCUAGUUCUGGCUAUCAUUGGUGCUGGUGGAGUUUUUACCGGAACAAAUCCGGCCUACACGGCCGGGGAGCUCAGCCACCACAUCAAGACAUCCGGAUGCAGCUUUCUGAUAUCUGAGCCAGAGAUACUCAAUCCCCUCCUUGAAGCUGCCAAGCAGAACAAUAUCCCUGAUGAUAACAUUUGGAUAUUCAAUCCCGUGGGUCAGCAAGUUCCCGCAGGCAGGCGGCCAUGGACGGAUCUUCUAAAGCAUGGCGAGCAAGACUGGUUUAGGUUUGAUGACCAUGGUGCUUCCAAGUCAACAACAGCAGCGAGGCUUUUCAGCAGUGGCACAACUGGGCUUCCAAAAGCUGUCGCUAUUACACACUAUAAUUUGAUCGCUCAGCAUGAACUUGUGGUCAAGGCAGACCAUCGGCCGUAUGAGGUCUCCCGCGUCGUCGCCACUCCCAUUUUCCACGCCGCAGUCGCACCAUUAACGCACGUCAGUGCUCUCGCCUCCGGGCAUGUCGUGUUCCUGAUGCGCCGGUUUGAGCUCAAGGCAUUUCUGCACGCCGUGGAGAAAUUCCGUGUUACUGAGCUUUCUAUUGUGCCGCCGAUUGCAAUUGCCAUUGUAACGUCUCCUUAUACAACAACGAGGCCGUUCUUGGCUAGUAUCAGGAAUGCCCGUUGCGGCGCUGCGCCACUGGACAAGCAGCUCCAAGCUAGGUUCCAGCAGCUGCUCAGCAACGGAGCAGGAGUGACUCAAGUAUGGGGAAUGACUGAGACCUCAUGUGUCGCCACUAUGUUUCUUUACGGGGAGCAUGACGACACGGGCUCCGUGGGGCGGAUAAUCCCGAACGUCGAGUUGAAGCUUAUUGACGAUGACGGCCGCGAAAUUCUCGACUAUGGGGUCCGCGGCGAAAUUUGUGUCCGAGGUCCUACAGUUACUCCCGGCUACUUCAACAACCCAAAGGCAAACGCGGAGAGCUUCGACUCAGACGGUUGGUACAAGACCGGCGACAUAGGCUACUGUGACGAGAAGACACUCAAGUGGUACAUCGUCGACCGGAAGAAGGAGCUGAUCAAGGUCCGCGGCUUUCAAGUGGCGCCGUCUGAACUUGAGGCUGUCAUCAUCUCGCACCCACAGAUUAUAGAUGCUGCUGUCAUUGGUGUUAGUCUCCCUGGGGUGGAAGGAGAAUUCCCACGGGCCUUCGUUGUGCGGCGACCAGGGGACGAGGGUUUGAAGCUAGACGAACAGGCGGUCAAAGAUUACAUGGAGAGUCGCCUUGCAAAGUACAAGGCUCUGACGGGGGGCGUCAAGUUUGUAGACGCCAUUGCAAAGAACGCGAGCGGCAAGAUUCUAAAGCGAGUUCUCCGAGAGCAAAGCAGGAGUGAGCUUGAAAUCUCUGCCAAAAUAUAG